UGUUAGUGAGAGUGUGAAGAGAGAGAGAGAGAGAGAGAGAGAGAGAGAGAGAAUCUGGUGGGCUUUGAGCUGUGAUUUAGCUGUAAGUCUUUUUGGUAUUCAUUUCUCUCUCAUCAAUACCCAUUUCCCUCUCACAUUCACACAAUCCCUAACGAUAAACAAUAGAAAAACCCAUUUCUCCUUUCUCUCUCUUGCUUGCCUCCCAGACCACCACCACAGCCACCCAAAUCCCUAAAGCCCACAUCUCAAUUACCCUUCCUUCUCUGCUCAUUUUCCUUCCCAGAUCUCCGCUUUGUAUCUUGUUCAUCUCACAUUUUUGUUGGGUGAAAGGAAAGAGGGAAGAAAGGCCGAAACAAAAGGAUUUGAGCUUCAGAUAGAUGUCUGGUGUGAGAUGAAGCAAAGUAAUUGCUGUUGCUGCAUUUGGUGCUGUCAUCUCAGUCUCUUGCUGCUGCUUCUGCUUUCUUUGUGCUUGUCUUUUUCUUCUUCAGCUGAUGCAUUCCAUGUUGAAAUCAGCGGCAAUGGUGGUCCGCUUACUGAAGCUGAAGUGUUCUACAUCAAGAAGCGGCAGCUGUUGUACUACUUGGAUGAGUUUGGGGACAGAGGAGAGAAUGUGACGGUUGAUCCUUCUCUUGUCUUCGAGAACCCCAGACUCCGCUCUGCUUACGUUGCUCUCCAGGCUUGGAAGAAGGCCAUUCUCUCAGAUCCCCACAAUCUCACCGUCGAUUGGGUUGGAUCUGAUGUUUGUAACUACACUGGGGUGUUUUGUGCGCCGGCACUUGACAAUCCUUCGAUCCGAACUGUCGCUGGAAUUGAUCUGAACCAUGGCGACAUUGCUGGGUACCUCCCGGAGGAGCUCGGCCUUCUCACGGAUCUUGGCCUUUUCCACAUCAAUUCCAACCGUUUCUGCGGCACUGUCCCCAAGAAGUUCAAGAACUUGAAGAUACUCUUCGAGCUCGACUUGAGCAACAACAGGUUCGCAGGCAAGUUCCCUUAUGUUGUUCUAAGAUUGCCUAAGCUGAAAUAUUUGGAUCUUCGAUUCAAUGAGUUUGAAGGACCCGUUCCGUCCGAGCUAUUCGACAAGCCUUUGGAUGCUAUAUUCAUCAACCACAACAGAUUUGCCUUUGAAUUGCCCGAUAAUUUCGGCAACUCGCCAGUGUCUGUCAUUGUGCUGGCAAACAACAAGUUCCACGGCUGCGUGCCGGCGAGUCUUGGAAACAUGAGCAAUCUUAACGAGAUUAUACUAAUGAACAAUGGGCUGAGGUCGUGCUUGCCGCCUGAGAUUGGGCUGUUGAGGAACUUGACAGUCUUUGAUGUGAGCCAUAAUGGGUUGAUGGGGCCGCUGCCUGAUAGCGUUGGAGGAAUGGUGAGUUUGGAGCAGCUGAAUGUUGCGUAUAAUAUGCUUUCCGGGGCUAUUCCACAGAGCAUAUGUACGCUGCCGAGGCUUGAAAAUUUCACCUUCUCCUAUAACUUCUUCACUGGCGAGCCUCCGGUGUGCUUGGCCCUUCCGGACUUUGAUGAUAGACGGAAUUGCUUGCCCAAUAGGCCAGCCCAAAGAUCAGCCGCUCAGUGCAAGGCUGUCUUGUCCAAGAAAAUUCAUUGUGGUGCUUUCAGGUGUCAUCGCUUCAUUCCCACUCUUCCAGCGCCGCCGCCCCCUUCUCCGCCGGUACCUCCACCAUCACCUUCACCUCCACCACCUUAUCUCUAUAAUUCUCCACCACCGCCACCUCCUUCUCCCUCACCUCCACCGCCUUACCUCUAUAAUUCUCCUCCCCCACCAUCGCCCUCACCUCCACCGCCAACUCCAGUAUACGAAGGGCCAUUGCCUCCAGUAUUUGGGGUUUCAUACGCCUCUCCUCCUCCACCACCCUUCUAUUGAUUCUUUUUUGAGGGUCUUCCUCUAAACCAUUUCCGAAACAAAAAAACAGGUACCUAAGUUGCUCAUUACUUGUAUUAUUUACUUAUCUGUUACUUCUCAGAGCUUACCUUUGUGUCAUGGCAUUCAUGAUUCUCAUCACUGGGAUGAGGGAACAAUCCCAAAACAAAAAAACCAAAAAAAAAAAGACCAAGAAGGAUCCAAGUUGGGCUUGGAUGAGAGCAUUUGUGCCAAGAAUGUAUAAUGUAUUGUUGAGGAUUCGUGAUAAAUUUAUCUCAGUUGCCCUUGUGGAAGAACCAAGAUAAGUGGGUGACACAGAAUAGACAUGAUCAAUUAAGAGCAGAAUUUUCUAUGCCAAUAUAUAUUUGGAUUUGUUAUGGAUGAAUUUGAGUUGUGAAAUAAAGUAGGUUUUGCAGGGAGGUGUAUGUAUGGAGAUAUCAUAAUCAGGAGCCGGAACUGCUACUCAUGCUGUUCUAGCUUAUGGGUUUUUACUGUUAUUACUCUUUCUAUAUCAUACUUUUUCUUUCUAUUUAUCCCGUUUAUACAAUAAAUAAUCAUGAUUUAGCACUUGUAUUCGAUUCAUCAGUUCUUCUGAUACAGACUCAGAUCCUUGUACACUGAUUCAUCAGAUUUUCCAGAAUGGUGUUCUUGUGCA